AGAGUCGAGAGGAGGAAGGGUUCUCGGAUGAAGAAUGGGGUAAGUAUGGAUAGGGACCAGACAUGCUUCGAGCAAACCAUUAGGAUAGUGGUCAAAAGAGGUGGCGGCUGUGUUUGAGAAACAGAUUAGCUAACGCAUGUGCAGUGGGGUCGUUUUUUUUUUUCUGUCAAUUUGUCAUUUAUUUUCUGGACACUAGCAAUCAAUGUACAGAAAAGUAGAGAGCACUUGUUUUUGAGGUUUCGCAGAUCUUUCUUAUCUCCUUUCAUAUUUGAGAUCUGUUUCAUCUCUUAAAUUGAGAUCGAUACCUUCUGGUUCCCUUGUUAAUCUUCCUUUUAUUAGAUGGCCUCCACUAGUAUCACUUGUAUUUCUUCCAUCUUGGAUGAUCUGCAAGUGCUGGAGAACGAUUGUCCAGAAUUUCCAAAUGGGCAGCAGAAGUACCUGAAACGCAUGCUAAGAUAUCUGAGAACAUUUCUUCUGUGUGCGAGAAAAUACAGCAACGAUUAUGUGCAAUUACCAUUCGACAACAAAAAGAACCAGGCAGAUAAUCAUAAAGCAAGCCUAGAAGCUCUGGCAGUUCGGAUUGGAGAUGCCAUUCCCAAGUGGGCAAAGGAGAUCCAAUCUUCUGAUCAGCCUUGGGAUGCGGUCCAUGAUUUAGAAAAAGACAUUAAAUCCUUCGAACAAGAAAUUUGCGAAUGGUAUGUCUUUUUCUUGGGUUCCUCGUCACAGCAGUCCAGUAAUUCGGUCGUUCGAAAAGAUGACCUCAUGGAAUUCAUGGAUUCUCUUCUGGAGAAUCUAGUGAAUUAUUGGUCACGGAUUUGGCCGGCACAUGAAGUUGGACUAAUUAAAGCCCUUGAAGAGAAGCUGGCGUUCAUGAAAAACUUGAUCCGUUUUGUCACACUGUAUGGCGUUGAAAACACAGAAUUGGGACCUUUGUUGGUUCACACUGAAGCUGUGACUAUCAAUGCAGCACGCCUCUCUUAUAAGUGCCAGUUUAAGAAGGGUUUCGGACCGCCCAAGGAUGUCCAGGAAAGCAUUUCGGAACUGCUGCAGAAGAUUAUUCCUGUUGAACUGCAAGUCCUUGAGACUUGUAUCAAGGCCCUGACUGCUUCAAAGUUAUCAAGACAAUCAUACGGAGACACAGAUGAGCAUCUGUUGAGAGACUUCUUCCAUUCUCUCCUGUGUAAUCUUUGGGAGAAACUAAAGCAUGGUACUUGUCCUGUGAUUUUGCAGCAACUACAAAUGUUUUACGAGGGGCUAAAUUCCUUGAGAACCAUUUUGAAGGAGAAGCCGAAGGAGUUUGAUGAGAAAGUGAGAGAUCCUGCUCGAGUCGUGAACUGUUAUCGAGGAGAUUUUAUUUCUCCACUCUCUUUGAAUGCAAUCAAAGAUGCCAUACAAGCCAAGGAUAUGGAUAUUGUGUGUUCUGAGUUAUUGGAAAUAAUUAAGCUCAUCGAUGCAGUAAUCACAGAGAAGUGUCCAGAAUCAUCAUCAUUCAAUUUUCCUAAGACCAAUGGACUGGGCUUUGUUGAUUCCCUUCUAGAAAAGAUGAUGGAUGUGACAAGUUCUGAGGCUGGCUCGAUUGCUUUGAUCGAUCAUCCAAUUCAAAAAGUCCAGGAAAAACUUGUUUGUUUACGCUCUUUGCUGAGGAAAAUUGUGGAGCUGCGCAAUGAAGACGAGGAGGUCCAGGCAAUUUGGGAUCGUAUUGUUGGGGUGGCAUAUAGGAUAGAGUUUCUUAUUGACUCCUUAAUAACUGGAAAUAUCAUACAUUCUUCUUCAAUGUCCAUUCAUUCCAUUUUAGAUGAAAUGAACAUCAUUAAAGCUGCGGCCUUGAAGAUUUGUGAUAGCGGAACACUUGGUGAAAAAGUUAAGGAAGUAACGAAGAGAUUCAAUCACAUGCCACAACAGGGAAGUAAGCCAAUAGUCAAUGAUGUGGUGGUGGGAUUCGAGGAUGAGAUGGCAUCGAUAAUCAAUCAACUCAGAAAUGGAUCACGCCAAGUGAAAAUUGUUUCCAUUGUGGGUAUGCCGGGAUGCGGUAAGACAACUUUGGCUAGAAAAGUGUACAAUGAUUCUUCAGUGAAGUCCCAUUUUUAUGAGCGUGCUUGGUGUACUGUUUCUCAAAUAUAUCACAAGAGAAAUCUGUUGCUUCAAAUUUUGACUUGUAUUGAGUCCAAGCUUCCUGAGGAUGUUUUUAAGAUGGGUGAAGAAGAUCUGGCUCUUCAAGUCAAAAGACGUUUGCUGAAAAACAGAUAUCUCAUUGUUUUGGAUGAUGUAUGGGACAUUGAUGCAUGGAACGGAUUGGAAGCCUCAUUCCCGGAUGAUGGAAAUGGAAGUAGAGCUAUCUUGACAAGUCGGCUCCGUGGUGUUGCUCCGCAAGACAAACUCGACCAAGAACCACAUUCUCUUCGUCAACUCACUCCUAAUGAGAGCUGGGAUUUGCUAAAAGGGAAGUUAUAUCCUGGUCAAGAUUUGGCUCCUCCAGAACUCUGUGAAAUUCGACAGCAAGUAGUGGAAAUGUGUCAAGGACUACCUCUUACGGUUGUCAUUCUUGCCGGAAUUCUCUCAAGGAUGGACCGAUAUGGUUGGAAAGAAGCUGUGGAAGGUUUAAGUUCAAGGAAUGUUUCUAGUACGGAACAGUGUACUGCUACAUUAGAGCUGAGUUUCAAACAUUUACCUGAUACUUUGAAGGCGUGUUUUCUUUAUUUUGGAGCCUUUCCAGAAGACCAUGAACACAAUACCAAGAGGUUGAUUUCUCUGUGGGUCGCUGAAGGAUUUGUUCAAAAAACUCAGCUCAAGAGAUCAGAGGAUGUGGCCAAUGAUUACCUGAUGGAACUUAUUGGCAGAAGCUUAGUCAUAGUUUCGAAACCAAGAUCCAUUGAUGGGGUCAAAGCUUGUCGCAUUCACGAUUUGUUAUAUGAGUUUUGUGUGACAAAAGCCAAAGAAGAAAAGCUUUUGCAGCUGGUACGUAGGUAUGAUGACUUAUCUGCUUUCACCGUGCCAUGCUACCUGCGCCGCUUAUGCAUUGAUUCUAAGGUCGAGCACUUAGACAACUUGAGGUUAUGUUCUCCUGCCAUACGCAGUCUAUUAUUAUUCAGUCACGAUGAAGGCAAUGGAAGUUGUUUUGACCUUCGAUUCAUUUUUCACAUCAUAAAACUUGUCAAAGUGUUAGAUUUGAGCCAAAUUAAACUAGAAGGCAUCUUUCCUAGAGAACUAGAACUGCUUGUUCACUUGAGGUACUUGGCAAUUCUAGGUAAUGGCAGUCCCGUCCCAGCAUCAAUAAGUUAUCUCACCAACUUGGAAACUUUGAUUUGGCGAAAUUCCAGGAGUCAUGGUUCAGUUUCAUUGCCAGAUACUAUAUGGAACCUGAAGAAAUUAAGGCAUUUACAACUAAUGGACGAGGUCGAUAAGAAUUAUCAUUUUAGAUUCCCUGAGAACAACCUUGACAACUCUUCACAGUUGUGUGACUUAGAUAUCUUGUCCUGUCUAAGCCUCAAUCCUCGGAAGAACAUCAACAAGUUGUUGAGAAAGUUUCCAAAUAUCCGCAAGCUGAGAAGCUCUCUUUAUCUCGAUAAGGGCUGUGAAUAUCAUGUAGCAAUGGAUUGUCUAAGUCAUUUGGAAUCACUCAGUCUGAGUUGCGUUGUUUACGGCGGUGACCGAUAUCAGUUAGAUUUCCAAUUUCCUUUGACCAUUAAAAAAUUGACCCUAUCUUAUUUUCGCUUGCCAUGGAGCAAAAUGGCAGCAAUUGGAAAUCUACCCAAUCUUGAGGUGCUCAAAUUACUCAAACAAGCCUUUGAGGGGGAAAUAUGGGAAAUGGAAGCAGAGAAGUUCCCUAGUGUUCGCUUCUUGAAAUUAGCUUCCUUGAACAUUGUGAAGUGGACAGCCUCCUCCGAGUAUGAAUACGAGGACCAGUACUAUUUUCCUCGUCUCCAGAAGCUAGUGUUGGAAAGCUGUGAUGCAUUGCAGGAGAUCCCUUCUUGUUUGGGAAAUAGUUCAACUCUUGAAAUAAUUGAGGUGUCAAAAUGUCCCAACUGUACCAGUUCAUUGGAGGAAAUUCAGGAAGAGCAAAGAAGCAAUGGAUAUACCGAUCUGAAGAUCCUUAUCUCAUAAUGGACGAUUGAUCUUCUCAAUAUUGGAAGGCGGCAAAUUUUUGGCGGAGAUCCCUUCUUGUUUGAAAAAUAUAUCAACUCUUGAAAUAAUUGCGGUGUCUAAAUGUCCCAACUCUAAUAUUUCAGUGGAGCAAAUUCAGGAAGAGCAAUUAAGCAGGGGAAAUACCCAUCUGAAGAUCCUUAUUUCACGAUGGAUGACUGAUCUUUUCAAGUGUGUUUGGUUUGGUUAUCUGUAUCAGUAUGGCAUCAAGAUGAAGUUGUUCUUUUUUCCAAUUAGUAUUGGAAGGCUGCAAAUUUUUGGAGGAGAUCCCUUCUUGUUUGGGAAAUAGUUCAACUCUUGAAAUAAUUGAGAUGUCUAAAUGUCCCAACUCUACAAGUUACAGUUACAGCAAAUUCGGGAAGAGCAAAUAAGCAUGGGAUAUACUGAUCUGAAGAUCCUUAUUUCAUAAUGGAUGACCGAUAUUCUCAAGUAUGUUUGGUUUGGGCAGCCACUUCAUUGUACUUCUUUUUUCUUUGACAGUCCAUUGCUUCUGCACUACUAAUGGUCUUGUGUCUCUGUUCAGCAUCAAGAUCAAGUCAUUCUUGUCUUCUUUGUAAGUUUUUCGUUUUUCCUGUGACAGAAUCUUGUAGUGGGAUAUCACUUCCCAAGUUUGAUGUUGUUUGUAAAGAUUCAAGUGGAUUUGUCUCAAAUAAGAGUCAGGUUUUCAAGAA